UACAACAGAGAUUUAGAUUUUCCACUGUGUAUUUCUCUGUGGAAAAUGACCAUCAAAAAUUUCUCAAUUGAAUAUGAUGCCAUCAACAGCCAGAACACUUUCACAAAUGGAGAUACCAUUAAUGGAAGAAUCGUUGUGGAGGUUUCUAAGGAGAGUAAAAUCCAUUCGCUUAUUUUCAUUGGACAAGGAAAAGCCCGGGUUUGCUGGAGUGAACAUUACGGGCAAUAUGGACAUUGGGUGUACUGGGCUGACGAGAAAUAUUAUAACAUCAAACAUCAUAUCUUGAGAGAUGCAAACCAAGAUGGCACCGUCAUUGGUAAAGGAAGACAUGUAUUUCCUUUUUCCUUCAAGAUUCCUGACAGAACAAUGCCAUCAUCAUUCAAAACCUCAGUAGGCAAAAUUGUUCACAAGUUGAAGGCAGAGCUGAAACAAUCAAUGAAGCUGACAAAAAAGGCCAAAAUCCACUUCACAUUCAUAUCCAAAGCAGACAUGGAUAUUCCUGGACUUAUGGAACCUCAGUUCGGUUGCAAGGACAAAUCUCUCAAACUUUUUGGCUCUGGAACCAUUUCAAUGGAUGUUCACACCAAGUGGAUGGGAUACAAACAAGGUGAGGCUCUCCAAGUCACAGCUGAAAUCAAUAACUGCUCAUCUCGUUCAGUGAAGCCCAAAUUCAUACUGUAUGAGAAGAAGAGUUUCUUUGCGCAGGGUCGCAGGAGAGUUUGCACAAAUGAGAUCCUUAAGGAGAAGUUUGAGGCUGUUGAAUCCUCUGGCAAGGAGACUGUAACCAAGGUGAUCAACAUCCCCAGGGAACUACCUCCCUCCAUCUUGAACUGCUCCAUCAUCAAGCUGGAAUACAGGCUUAAGGUCCAUCUGGAUGUCAAAUGUGCUUCAGACCCGGAGAUCAAACUCCCUAUUGUCAUCCUUCCUGCCUCUGAGGUUCCUGCUAAGAAACAUCCACCUGCUUCUGAUGACUUUGGAUUUGAAGCAUUUGCAAGCCCAAAGGAAGCACCCCGGAACACAGCACCCCAACAACAAACAACACCCCAACAACAUGCAGCAUCCCGGAACACAGCACCCCAACAACAUUCAGCACCCCUACCUGUGGAAGCCCCACCCACCUAUGCGACAUAUGCAAUGUAUCCCACCUUUAUUGAGUCUGACACAUAUCACAGUGCGCUAUAAAUAUGCCACCGAUUUGGCAUUGCACUCCUGAAAUACUGUCAGACUCACAAUGGACAAAAAGUAUAAAAAUAUUUUUUAUUCUAUGCUUUCUUCUUCCUUGUCAUAAACCUGGGGGCUGUCUUUGACUUAGAUUUUCUUUUGCUCACUCCUCAUUUUACUUUUGUGACUUUCUUUUGUGUAAAUUGUAAGAGCAUUGUUGGAGGGAGCCUGAGAGCAAGGAUUACACUGCCAACAACUGUUUCACUGUGUGCAUGUACCAAGUAAAAAACCUUAAAGGACCAGUGGGUAGGAUUUAGUGCCAUCUAGUGGUGAAAUUGCAGACUGCAACAUUUGCUAAACACCACUCGCCUUCCAAGCAUGUAGGAGAUAUCACGGUGGCAGUGAACCCAUGAAAAACACAAAAGGCCCUAUCUAAAGCCAGUAUUAUGUCUGUUUUGGGCUAUUGUAGACUCAUGGUGGACUCCAUAGAAGAAGACCUGCACCCACUGCACAUAAAGCAUGUAGGAGAAUUACGGUAGCAGCAAAUCGCCUUUCUCAUGGUGGUUCAACGUGCCAGACUUACCACUUGACCACUUGAUGAACUUCAGCACAAGUUCAGUCAGGAAGACCUUCUCAUUAUGCCUCAUUCAUUCACACUCUCCUUUUCUAAUCAGAUAUGUGUCUCCUCCAGCCGAUCACACUGCCGCUGUCCAACUUUAAAUUUGUUCUCUUUCAAUGCAAAAUACUUGCGACUCUCCUCCACCUCUUUCACCUCCAGUUCAUCUAUCCAGGGCCCAGGUUGAGCUCAUCAGAAGUCCACUCCACAUCACAUUCAGAUCUUCAGCAUUAUCUUCAUCACCACCACCAACACCACCAGCUGUGUCUAGACUCCAUCAGGGGUUUCCUAUAAUAAUCAUGCCUUCAACAACCCCUUUUCACAUUUCUGAUCUCCAUUGUGCACAUAUCAAUUAAAUAUAUUUGUUAAUUAAAAAAUAAGUCUCUCUCUGCAUCACAGCUGCAGCCUGGUAGCAACAAAUACAAGGCUGAGCUCAACUACUCAGGAAGCAAACUAAUCAAUAUGUAUUGUAUGUAUCUAAUGUCCAUGAAAAAUAAUACAUAAAAGAUCUAAAGUAGUAUACGUA